CUCGGCGCGGUGGCAGCUGUUGGUGUGUGUGUGUGUUGGGUGUCGGCGUGAAGCGGAGCCGGGUCAGCGGGAGGUGACCCUGUGGGAGUGGAAGGGCCGUAUUUCUCUACCUGGACCGCAAGCUCCUCGCGCUGGGAGGGGAGAGCUCCAGAUGUGCUUUGAGGUCACAUUGACAUGAAUUAAUGGAGUCACCUUUGAUAACUUCACCUGGGAGAGAGACUUCUUUUUUAUUAAAAAAAAUAAGGAAAACAAGUAACCAAAGGAAUCAUGCCAAAUAUCACUCUACAUCUUUUUGUGUCAUCAGUAUCUACUUUUUAACCUAUCAAGACAAAUGGCUUUUACAUUAAAGAAAAUAAUUUGUUCAUUGAUAUUAACAGUUUGAAAAGAAUCUUCAUCUUAACCUAUAUAAUCAUAUAAAAUUGAACACAUAUAAAAACAUUUAAGGCCUUUUUUAAAAUAGAGUACUUUUUAGCUUUUGGAACUUCAACAUUGAAAUACCUUGUUUUUACUUGUCAAAAUCCUCAAAACAAUUGUAAUAGGAAAGAUAUGGACUUGGAAAUCUGCGUUAUUGUAACAGAUUGCUGUGAAUUUAAGUGGACAGUUCAAGACAUCAUCCAUUGCAUCAUCAGAAAUAUCACAUAAGUGAAUAAUUCUCGGCUUUAAUGCAGAAAAAGUUGCUUGAAGAUGGCUUGGGUGAAAUUCUUACGGAAACCUGGUGGCAAUCUUGGAAAAGCUUAUCAACCUGGGAGUAUGCUAUCCCUAGCACCAACCAAAGGCUUGCUAAAUGAACCAGGUCAAAAUAGCUGCUUUCUUAAUAGUGCUGUGCAGGUUCUGUGGCAAUUGGAUAUAUUCCGACGAAGUUUACGAGUUCUGACUGGUCAUGUUUGUCAAGGAGAUGCCUGUAUAUUUUGUGCUUUGAAGACAAUAUUUGCACAGUUUCAGCACAGCCGAGAAAAGGCACUUCCAUCAGAUAACAUAAGGCAUGCUCUGGCAGAAAGCUUCAAAGAUGAGCAGCGAUUUCAGCUUGGCCUAAUGGAUGAUGCUGCAGAGUGCUUUGAAAAUAUAUUGGAGAGAAUUCAUUUUCACAUAGUGCCAAGCAGAGAUGCAGACAUGUGUACCUCUAAAUCUUGUAUCACCCACCAGAAGUUUGCCAUGACUCUGUAUGAACAGUGUGUGUGUCGUAGCUGUGGAGCAUCAUCUGACCCUCUACCUUUUACAGAAUUUGUGCGGUACAUUUCUACAACAGCCCUAUGCAAUGAAGUUGAAAGAAUGAUGGAAAGGCACGAGCGUUUUAAACCUGAAAUGUUUGCAGAACUGCUACAAGCAGCAAAUACGACAGAUGACUAUAGGAAAUGCCCUAGUAACUGUGGCCAAAAAAUAAAAAUUCGUCGUGUUUUAAUGAAUUGUCCAGAGAUUGUUACAAUUGGUUUAGUCUGGGAUUCUGAGCAUUCUGACUUGACCGAAGAUGUUGUUCGGAAUCUAGCAACACAUCUCUAUCUUCCUGGGCUUUUUUAUAGGGUUACAGAUGAAAAUGCCAAAAACAGUGAACUUCACCUUGUUGGUAUGAUCUGCUACACCAGCCGACAUUAUUGUGCCUUUGCUUUUCAUACCAAGAGUUCCAAAUGGGUAUUUUUUGAUGAUGCCAAUGUGAAAGAGGUUGGAGCUAGAUGGAAAGAUGUGGUCUCCAAGUGUAUUCGUUGCCACUUCCAGCCACUGCUUUUGUUUUAUGCAAACCCAGAUGGCACAGCGGUUUCCACUGAAGAUGCACUUAGGCAGGUGGUCAGCUGGUCACAUUACAAAUCCGGUGCAGAAAAUAUCGGAUGUGAAAAGCCCACAAUUUAUAAGUCAGAUAAUUCGAAAGAAAAUGGAGUUGGCGACCAGGCCAAACAGAGAGAAAACCAGAAAUUUCAAACUGAUAAUAUGUCAUCAUUUAAUCGGAGCCACAUUCAGACAAGUGGAGGGAGAGGGCCAGUUAAGUUCACUCACAAUGAUCAAAGGGAAAAGAUAAGAGACAUUUCUAGAGAAUGUGCACUGAAAGCCAUUGAACAGAAAAAUUCACUUUCUCCACAAAGGAGAGAUUUAGAGAAAGGACAAAGAAAAGAUUUAGGCCGGCAUAAAGAUUUGGUUGAUGAAGACCUGUCACAUUUCAAAUCUGGAUCACCUCCUGCUCCAAAUGGCUUUAGACAAUAUGGAAAUCCACAUCUGUAUCAUAGUCAAGGAAAAGGACCGUGUAAACAUGACCGAGUUGCCCAUCAUGGUCGAGCUGCACAAGUAAUAAGUUCAAGUAAAUCCCAGAUUCUUGCUCCAGGAGAGAAAGUGACUGGCAAAGUUAAGGCUGACAGUGGCACUGGAUAUGAUACAGACAGCAGCCAGGAUUCGAGGGAUAAAGGAAGCAGCUGUAAUAGCAGCAGUAAAAACCGGAACCGAGGUUGGAAACCUAUGAGAGAAACAUUAAAUGUUGACAGUGUUUUUAGUGAAAGUGAAAAAAGGCAGCACAGUCCAAGACAUAAAUCAAAUAUCAGUAACAAAGUUAAAUGUAGCAAAGACCAGAAUUUUAGUAAUUGGCCAAAAGAGAAUCCGAAACAGAAAGGUUUAAUGACCAUUUAUGAAGAUGAAAUGAAGCAGGAAAUAGGAAGCAGAAGUUCCCUGGACUCUAAUGGAAAAGGAAUGGAGAAAAAUAGAGGCUUUGUAGAGAGUAAAAUUCAUGGUGACAAUUGGCAGAUACAAAGGACGGAGUCUGGAUACGAAAGCAGUGAUCACAUCAGUAAUGGAUCUACUAAUUUGGACUCACCUGUUAUUGAUGGACAUGGUACUAUAAUGGAGAACAGUGGUGUUAAAGAAAUAGUAUCCUUAAGUGAUCAGCUUAAGAUGAGUAACUCAAAUUUAGAACACAUGGACUGUAACUCCCAUCAGAAUAAAAACCACAUAGGAGGCUUUAGAAAGGAAUUUAAGAACUUGGAUGCAGGUUGUAAAUUUCCUGAGUGCCACCCGGAAUCACACUCACAAAUAAGAAGUCAUUUGUUAAAAAGGCCACAUAUCCAUGAAACCAAUGGAAAGUUACUUCCUUCAUCCAGCUCGCAAAUACUCAAGGAUCAUACUACUACAAGAGAGCACCUCCAACAAUCAGAAGAACAGAAGCUUGAAAAACUAAAUGAGUGGCUUCAUUUAGAAAAUUCUGAGAGAACAGAUUUCCCUUUUCCUGUUGAUGGUAAUUCUACUUCUGGGAAGAGAGUAAACCAUAAUGAAAUAAUGUCACCAUCUUCAUUGUGGUUUUCACACAUGAGAACUGUUGGGUUAAAGCCAGAAACCCCUUCUCUCAUCCAGCAGCAAAAUAUGAUGCAACAAGGUUAUUCUGAGAAUUCUCUAUCAAGAGAACAUGUAAUUCAGUCAACCUGCAGAGCUGAAGGUUGUCAGAUGCCAAAACUUUACCAGAAUUUACCACCCCCUUUGCCACCAAAGAAAUAUACUAUAACCAGUGUGCCACAAUCAGAGAAAAAUGACUCCAUACCUGAUGUUAAACUUACAGAGAUGCUUAAAGCUAAUUCUUCUAAUCUGAAGCACAAUUUAAGUACAGCUCAAGAGCCAAGGGCAGAAAUAAAUACAUUUAUGAAUGACGGAAGUUGUAAAGAAACAUUCCAAGCGAAAGACCAAGUUGGCAACAUACCCAACUACUCUUCCAACUCUUCAACUAAAGAUUUUCAGGCAAGCACAGGCCCAGUUGUUGAUGGAUUUUGCCAACCUGAACUAGACACCAGUUCUACAUGUCCAAAUGAGAAAAUGUCUUUAACUACAUAUUUUUCCGUUGAUAGCUGCAUGACUGAUACAUAUAGACUGAAAUAUCAUCAGAGGCCCAAGCUCUGCUUUCCAGAGAGCAGUGGCUUUUGUAAUGAUAACUCACUAUCUGAGAGUGAAAGAGGGUUAGGAGCUGUGUCACAUAAUAGUCUUGGUUCAGGCUGCCCUUCUGAACAAAGAUAUAAACCUAGCGUACACUGUAAUAGGUAAAUGAUGAAAUUGGGAAGCUUAUAUUCCUCACAGGCCGUUAAAAUAAAAUAGGAACCUACUGACCAAACCUAGAGAUGGAUAAAAUUAAGACUCAUGGCAUUUUUAGUCAUUUAUCAUUUUAACUUUGUUAUUUUGUGAAUAUAUUUGUUGAAUAUUAUAGAGACUUUUUUGGCAUGCCUUGGAACAAUAGAAAAUUGGGAAAUAUGUACCAACUCAUUUUCCAUAGCUACAGUUGAACAAAAAUUAAAUUUGCCCCUCUAUUAUGUGGCUAGUAGCCUGUUAAGUAUUAAUUAGUGCUCAAUGUAUGUCGAUUGGUUAACUAUGCUAACUGAAAAAUACCAGGAGAUACUUUGUCUAGUCAAAGUAGUCUUUGUUUUAUGAAGAAGCACUUUUUAAUGGGUAACAAAUGGCUUCACCCGUUUGUUUUUGACUUCUGUGAUAGUCUACUAGGUGAGAUCCCUUUAAGUGUCUUUAAAAAAACUGACCCAUGGAUUUUAUAGCAUUUUGAAAAAAAUGCCUUAAUGAUGAACAGUUUUAAAUCAAACCUUGGAGCUCAGAUAGAACUCAAUUUAGCUCUUAGAACUUUUUUAUUUUCAGAAUCUGCUUAACAUAAAUUAGGCCUUUGACUAUAUUUUCAUAAAUACUUAAGCUAUAUAAGCUAAAAGAUUAAAAUACUUAAAGUUUAGUGUAUUUAUUUGUCUUGUUACAAAUUUUUCUAAUUUUAUAUGAAAUGUGAAAAGUUUUUAUAUUUUGGUUUGGUUUACUUUGGACUGCUAAUAACCAGUGUUAGGAAUUAACCUUGGUCCCUCUUAUUGGGAAUGUCACUGCCUACAUUUUCUCUGGCUGUAAUCUUAUGUGCUUAAAGGUUGAUAUCCACUUGGCUUGAAUCUGAAAAUCUAUCCAGGUUUCCAGGUUAAAUCUUCACCUUCAUAUAGGGUGUUUAAUUUUAUUGACUGUUUAAUUAAUUUCUGUAUCCUUUCCUUUCCCUUAAACAGUGAAUCUACCCCAGCUAAUUUCUUGGAGAGGGCUUUCUUUUGAAAUUAAAAGUUUUCUUUAUUAUGGUAACCUUACCAGUGAAAAUAAGUUACUUUAAUUGCCUUGUUUCAUUAGUUGUCAUUUCCUUUGUACUAAGCUGGUAAACUAACUGUGGUUUAGAAUAGUUUUAAAAUAUCUACUCAAGAACUGAGAAUCACAGAAUUAAAAUUUUCUUUACAUUCCUAAAUAAACUUCAUGAAUAAAUCUAAUUCAACAAAUGAUUAAUCUCUUACCUGAUUCCAUAAAUUGUUAAAAUAUUCCAAAAUGUAAAUGAUUAAAAAUGAAUACUUUUCACUAAUUAGAAAAUAAUUGCUUAUAAAUGUCUAACUUCACUCUUACCAAAUGUUGGCCAGAUUUUAUAUUCUGAAAUCUGUAGAGAAGUUUUUACUGGCUUUUUCUGACUAUAAUGGUUGGUGAUUAUGACUUUAUAAUCUUUUAAUUUAGAAGUACUUGAAUACUAACUAAAUUUCAUCUUUUAAGAAAGCCUAUUUUUAACAAUUUUUUAGUAUGAAGGAUUUGUAAAUAGUGUAUAUCUUGUGAAAUUUUAUUUGAAAUGUCAAUAUUUUAAUCACUGCUUUUAUAACUUUGUAAAAUACUAGAAAAAUGAGCUUCAGGUAUUGUCAAUAGCUUUCAAAAACUUUGUGAAUUUUUACUUUCUAUGUGGUCAAAAUGUCCAGUUGGAAACAUAUUUCAAACAUUUAAACUAAUUUCUGUAUUUAACAGCAGUUACAUACAGUUCUUUCAACUCACAAUUGAGUUGUAAACAUCAGGUAGUUCCAGUUUUUGCCUAUUUUAAUGUACUCUCUGGUUGAAACCUCCCGAGUCCUGUCCAACUAAAACAUUUUAUGGCAACUCAACACUCCAUACAUUGUAUACAUAUAUUUACUAGUCAUUCACAUGUAAAAUUUUUACUUCUAGAGUGCCUAUUUAUUUUUAUAUAUGUUUGCAUCUGGUUAUUAUAAGCUUUUUUAAAAUAAUACAAUAAAAAUUGUAAAGUUUAAAAUAAUUAUUUUCAGAUGUAUUUUCAUGUGAAAUCACCUUCUGGUUCAACAAAUUUUGAAGAUAAACUGAAUUUUAGGUCAAUAUGGUUAGAAUUUUCUUUGCAUUCAUGAACUGUGAAUGGGAAAUAUAAGCCAAUUUAAGAUUUAAGGGAACUUGGAAUUUCACUGUUAAUAAAAUGUUAUCAUAGGCAGUUCCUAGAAGUGAAAUAGCAAACAGGUCUAAAGCAGAGUUGUAGAGAAGGAUUGAGCAAAUUUUCCACAAAACUACAGAUAGCAAAUAAUUUAAGACCAUUCUCUCUCUGUAACAGCUACUCAACUCUGCUUUUGUAAUAUGAAAGCAGCCAUAAUAAUAUGUAGAACAGUGGGGCAUAACUGUUUUCCAAUAAAGCUUUAUCAACAUUGAAAUCCCAAUUGCAUAUAAUUUUCAUGUCAUGAAAGUCUUUUUUGUUUUCAAACCUAACAAGUACCAGUAGCUUGCAUGUUUUCUAUAUACAAACAGGCAGCAACCAGAUUUGGUCCACUGAUCCUGGUUUGAUGACUUUGUCCUUGAGGAUAAUCUGUAUUAAAUGUCUGCAUUGAUGCUAAACAUCAGAAGUCCCUACCUGUACUCCCAUGCUACUUAGGGGCUGAGUGUUUUAUGAUUUUCCAAACAGGACCAGUAGGAUGUAUGAGGGAUCUUCAGCAGGUUCAUGGAAAAAUGCUUAUUAUGGGGGAAAAAUACCUAUGCACAAACUUAUUUUUGUGCCAGAAUAAAAAAUCUCUUAAUUUCUAACUGGCUUACAGUUUGCCCAGGAAAGUCAGUGGUGUAGCUUUGAACCAGGAGCUCAAGCAGAGAGAGGUAAUUUGCCAGUCCUCUAUCUGUGAUUUGGUCUAAGUCCUCAGCACUGGUAGAUGCCUACCCACACCAGGGUGGAGCAGGAUAACUCUUCCUUAGUCAACUGAUUCAAAUGGUAAUCUCUUCCAGCAACACCCUCUAAGACAUACUCAGAAAUUUAUUUUCAGCUAACUGGGCAAAUCUUAGCUCAGUUAAGCUGACACAUAAAAUUAAUUGCUACACCAAAAUAUCUGCAUCUGAUGGUCGUAGUAGUAGGCUAAUUUUAGCCUCAAAAGGUAUUAUGGAUUAUUAAAAGUCUGUAUGUGAACCACAGUGAGGUAUGUGAGAACUGUUAAUCCUCUCACAAGCCACUGCUAGGUGACUUGUUAACAAUAAAACCAAAUUCAGCCAUGGAAAUAAAUAUUUAUUAGACAAAAUUAUUAGUAAGCAGUGCAAAAAUAGUUCAGAGUCUGCUUGAUAAACUCAGCGUUCAGAUGUUUCCAUUGUGCCUUCCAUAAAAGGUUUUCUUUAGAUGUGACACUGUAAAGGCAUAACUGUUAAAUCAAUUCCAGACUUCCCUCAAAGAAUCAUUAUGAAAGGUAGACGAUACAGAGUUUAUCUAACCUCCAAGUAUUUUAGACAGUUCACACAUACUGAUUGCCACUAAUUUCAGUGCUAACAGCCUAUUUCAAAUGUCCAUUUAUAAACAGUUUCUUUAGGGUUAUUAGGAAUAGCUUCUUAGGUACUUAGAGUAGCUGCUUUGUGAGUGGAGCCCUUCUGAUUAAAUGUUAGCUGAUGACCCCUAGAAUGUAAAGUUUUCCUAAGUAACAUAGAUUUAAAAACAAUAUAAGCAGGGCCUGUGCUAUGGCAUAGUGGGUAAAGCUAUUGCCUGCAGUGCCAGCAUCCCAUAUGGGCGACAGUUUGAGUCCCGACUGCUCCACUCCCAAUCCAGCUCUCUUGCUAUGGCCCAGGUCUUUGGACCCCUGCACUCUGUAGGAGACCUGGAAGAAGCUCCAAGCUCCUGGCUUUGGAUUGGCACAGUUCCAGGGCUGUUGUGGCCAUUUGGGGAGUGAACCAGCAGUUAGAAGACCUCUCUCUCUCUGCCUCUCUAUAACUGCCUUUCAAAUAAAUACAUCUUAAAAAAAAAAAAAAAAUAGAAGCAUGUAUUUGGUUUAGCAGC